AUGGAGCAGCUGCUGCUCAUCCUCAACACCAGUAAGCGGGUGGCACUGAGACGCGCUCCUGAGCGCGUGCAGAAUGCGUUCCUCCUCCAGGUCCAGAGGCAGCUGUGGGACCGGCUUGCAGGGUAUUUAUAUUUUUCAAAAUAUAGCCCGGCCCCCCACAAGGUCUGAGGGACAGUGGCCUGGCCCCCUGAUGAAAAGGUUUGCUGACCCCUGCUCUGCACCUCACUUGGGUUUAAGUUGCGUCAUUUCAGCCAGCCGACCUUCAAGCACACAUGGUUAAAGUGGCGCAAGGUGUGAUUGCACUAUCUUGCCGCGGUGUGCUGUUUUCUUUAGAGGAAAGAAGUCGGGCGUCUGCUCUGCAUGCAGAAGGUCCCAUCCCUGCUAGCAUCUCCCGGUGAGGCUGGGAAUGUCUUCCAGCUGCAAUCCCGGAGAGACCCUGCCAGUCAGAGUAGACCAUGGUGAGCUAGAAGGAGCAGUGAUCUGACUCGCUGGUGUGGGGCAGAUGCCUGUGUUCCUGUGCGCACAUGAUGUUCAGUCUCCUGGUUUUAUUUCAGCCCAAAUCAGCUACAGAAACUACGUUCUUGAGCAGAAGGGGCCCCUCCAUCCAUGAUGGGGGCUGCUUCACCCUUUCGUUUCCUGCCAUAUUGCAGACCUGGUGCAACUGGCUGUAUUUGCACAACUUGCUUUUAUGCUGCACCUCAGCUCUAAGCGUGGUGCUGAUACUUCUCCCCUGUUCUUCCCAUCCACAUAUAAAAUAUUGCCAUUAAACCUUUCUUUCUUUCCAUUCUUCCAAAUAAACUUUAAGAAUAAUCAUUGCCAUUUUGUUAUUUGCUGGUUGGAUGUUUUUAUUGUCAAAGGCUGAAAAAGAAAAUUUAGUCAGCAACAAUACAAUUUUUAUUAUAGAAAUCCUGCCCAGGAAAGAAAAAUGUAACUUUCCCCGUUGUGGGGCAGUACAUUGUCUAGAAACACAUAAAUAAUUCCAAAUAUUUUCUGACAUCUUGUUUUUAUGCCCACAUAUCUUACUGGCUCUCACCCACCAACUCUAUUCUAUCUUUUCUUUUAUUUCAACUCCUCAAUUAGCAGUUACAUUGAUUUAACAUUUUUCAGUUUUUCCCUUCCAGCUAAGGGACCAUAUUCAGUUAUUACUAAUUCCAUUUCAGUAAAGGAUUGCCCUGGUUUAGUUAGUGUCACAGUGACACUGGCCAGACAUAUUUAUUUACUUUUCGAUUUUUACCCCAGUUAUACACUAUUUACUCUUAUUUUACUUGCUUAAAAUUAAGAGAAAUAUUAAACAGACAUCCUUUCCUUUUGCCUUUUGCCACAUUAACCUUUUUUGAUAAACUCCCAUUAGUGUGAAUUCCUUCUUUUGAAUCUGAAUAAAUGGCUUAAAUCCAUUGUCUGUUGCAAAUCUGAAAUCAAAAGCUUUAAGAGUUUCCAAAAAGGAAAUGCCAUUCUUUAUUGCCAAAAGCCUUUUCUGCAUAUAGAAACAUCAACAAGGUCUCCUCUUGACUUUUGGAGCCAAUUAAAGUCUGUGUUGUGUGCAAUAUUAGUGCAACUCAUAGUAGACCCAUUGGAAUUAAUGAAGUGAGGUUUAUUAAUUUCAUUGGGUCUACUCUGAGGAGAUGUUUGUUGGAUACAACCCGACAUGACUUUUGCAGGUAUUGUCACUGCUGUGAAUAAAAAUGGUUGCUGGGUAGGGAUAAGUCUGGGAAUAGUUUUGUGUCAGGACCUGAAUAUCUGCAGUGGCUUCAAUCCUGUGCUCUCUCUCCCUUGCCCUGCCCAACCCCUGCAACCUCCUCCAGGUCGUGAAAGUGGUCGGCAGUAACAUCUCCCACAAGCUGCGGCUCUCUCGGGUCAAACCGACGGACGAAGGCACCUACGAGUGUCGCGUCAUCGACUUCAGCGACAGCAAAGCCCGCCACCACAAAGUGAAGGCCUACCUGCGGGUGGAACCAGAGGAGACCACCGAGCCCCACCGCCACAGCUCCCCCACCGGGCACAUGCAAGACACCCAGCUGCUGGGCUUGCAGCUCUCUGACCACAGCAAACUGAGCGGCUCCCACCCACACCACCAGCACCACAAGCCAGGCAAGGAGCUCAAGAAACGCUCCGUGGACGAUGCGUCCUGUGCCCUCUAGACUGGGUUGCGUCCCGAGUUGUGUUACUGAAUGGCCUAAAUGGGGUUUCUCCCUCCUUCACCCCCCACUCUUCCACACACACACACACCUGCCCCAUCCCACUGGGUGGUGGGAACAUGACAUCCUAGUGGCCAGUCCGUAUUUGGGCCAGGUUGCUGAGGAACCGAUGUAAAACGAAUGCCACAAACUAGAGUCACCCCGUCCGCAUGAACCUCAUUGUCAGCAUCCCUUCCACUCGGUCAUAUAGAUAUGUAUUUUUAACAUUCCUUUCUAACUAUGAAUUUCUCCCCUUGAAUGGACAAUGGGCUGCUUCCGGGACUCCGGAGAUGACACGGAGCCGCUCCAGGGUGGAUUUAAACGGAGGGAGCCCAGUUGGCCGGGUUACACUGUCCUGCUGACUGUCCACAUGGGUAGGAGAGGGCAUCUUCCCCAAGGAACACAGCUGUGGAUGCCCCCUGGCACCUUUACGGGCGUCCAAGCAGGACUGUCUUCUCUGAUUGUCUUUUUGGAAGCAUUUAGGGUGUCCGAACAUGGGCCUGAGGCCACCUGCCUUGCUGUGAGGUGGUUUAAUUCAAAGCUGGACCUUCCCCCAGCUCUGGGGACACUUUAAGCCACACCAGGGCCUGACCCUCCUCACCUUUGCAUUGCUAGCUUCUUAUGCCAUUUGUGAACCCCCCGGAGAUGCUCCGCCUUGCUUUGUAAAAUGAGACGCCCGAGGGAUGCCGUUUAGACCAUCCGUUUUAAUUCACUAGUAUCAAACUGUGUAACUAUGAAGUUGAUGACUGUAUAUUGUAAAUAUAACUGACUGUUUCUCCCUCCUGCAUUCCCAGGACACUGA